CGGUAUAAAAGUGUGAUGCGGCGCGAUUUUCAUCAUCACUUUCAUCCGUACCUCUUCGUGGUCAUAUCUUAAGAAUAUCAACAUGAGGUUCGCUGUUGCAACAUUGCUCUUGAGCAUCGCCCUGGGAACUACCCACGCAGGAUACGCGUCCAGCGGGUUCGACUUCGGCGGCCACGACCUAGGGGGUGGACACGGACACGACUUCACCGGUGGCGACGACGAUGGAGGUCACGACUUCGGCGGCGGCGGCUACCAGCCCUCCGUCGAACACAAGUACGACUACAUCCCCACCAAGACCAUCGAGCAGACCAAGCCCGUGCACAUCUCAGUCGUGAAGAAAGUCGGAGUGCCAGAACCCCAUCCUGUUGGAGUUCCCGUACCACAAGUGAUCAAGGUUGGGGUGCCCCAGCCCUACGCCGUGCAUGUGCAGGUGCCACAGCCCGUGCCUGUGCCCAUCUACAAGCUGGUGCCCCAGGAGAUCGAGAAGAAGGUCCCUAUUUCCGUGGAGAAGUUGGUGCCAGUCUACGUGAAGAAGCCCUACAAGGUCAUCAUCGAGAAACACCACCCCGUGUACAUAAACAAGCCAUAUCCUGUCCACGUGCCUGUUUAUAAGCACGUUUACCACCACGUGCCUUCGCAUGGCAAGCACUAGGGGUUGGGCGACCUUUGCACCGAUUUCUCAUCUCAUUCUCAUCCGACUCGCUAUCACCUCAUCUCUUAUUUAAGUUGUCGUUGUUGUUUUGUUGAUUUUUUGUACUUUUAUACUAUUGUUGACCUUUUUUGUUA